AUGAAAGAAGUGGGCAUUGCUCUGCCCAAGUCGAGAGGCGUGGGCGUGGGAGUACUGGCGGCCCUCCUAUUGUGCUUCAUUUUCUACUAUUUCUACGGGGGUUACAUGACGUUGGCGCUCUUCGCUGGAAUCAUCCUGUUGAUAUUUUACUAUGCCCAGGACCUGCUGCUCUAUCAUCCGGACCUGCCAGCCAACUCCCGCAUUUACAUACCCAUUCCGACGAUGCACAACCUGCCCCACAUUACGGUCAGCAUCAAAACCCCCGACAAUGUCACCCUGCACGCCUUCUGGAUAAUCCAGCCGGAGGAGCGCUCCAAGUCGGUGCCCACGCUGCUCUACUUCCACGGCAACGCUGGCAACAUGGGACACCGCAUGCAGAACGUUUGGGGAAUCUACCACCACCUGCACUGCAAUAUUCUAAUGGUGGAAUAUCGUGGUUACGGACUCUCCAACGGUGUGCCCACUGAACGAGGAUUGGUAACCGAUGCACGGGCCGCCAUUGAUUACCUGCACACCCGCCACGACCUGGACCACUCGCAACUGAUCCUCUUCGGGCGCUCCCUGGGCGGAGCUGUCGUCGUGGACGUGGCGGCCGAUACCGUCUAUGGCCAGAAGCUAAUGUGCGCAAUUGUGGAGAACACAUUUAGCAGCAUACCGGAAAUGGCCGUGGAGCUGGUUCAUCCCUCUGUGAAGUAUAUACCAAAUCUAUUGUUUAAGAAUAAGUACCAUUCCCUGAGCAAGAUAGGCAAGUGUUCGGUCCCCUUUUUGUUUAUAUCGGGCCUUGCGGACAACUUGGUGCCACCGCGCAUGAUGAGGGCCUUAUAUACCAAAUGCGGCAGCGAGCUAAAGCGCCUGCUUGAGUUCCCCGGAGGAUCGCACAACGACACCUGGAUAGUGGACGGGUACUACCAGGCAAUCGCAGGAUUUUUAGCCGAGCUACAGCAGCAGCCUUCGCCUCUUUUGAAAGCGCCAGAAAAGAGCAAUGUCUGGGUGGAGCUGGAGCAUAAAAUCAUUGAUGUAUAACUUCGAGGCAUCAAGUGUUCAAUUGACUGUGUUAACACUGCGAAUGGUUUAAUACUUAUAUAUAUACACACACACACAUAAUAUUAGUCUGUAUCUGACAGGGUUUUAAUCCGGACGUUGCUAUAUGCCGUGUUGCUUAUUAUGUGCAGAGAGUAACGUGCUAGCGGAGUUGGCUGUUGAAUUUUAAAUAUCUAAAAUCCACAUUAGAAUCCGAAUUUUUCCAAACUCCUAACGGCGCGAAGUAUAUUUGUACUGAGCUUUCUAACCUACUAUUCGACACAAUUGGUGACCAUUCGAGACUAUAAAAAUUAAUCAGUAUUUCACAAGAAAUAAACUCAUUGUCUGAACUGAUUCCUAGUUUGCCAGAAUUGUUUAUAAGAGCUUUCAUCCCUAGCACGUUUACAUUUUGUGCUGGUUCCAUUUUUGAAAUGUUAAACUAUUUAAUUGUUAAGAUUGCUAGGAAAGCCAGAAAAACUAUCUUAAGUUUAGACCUAAGUAACCGAACGACGGCAAGUUGAUAAACAAUAAACUGCUAACAACUGCUAGAAUCCAA